UAAAUUGUCAUCGGAAUGGAAAAAUUCAGACAAAUUUCGGAGUGAGAAACGCAUUUCUAAUGGAAUAUACGAUGGGAAGUACACUUGCGCUCAUCUCCGUGCAUUCUUUUAUGGCCAACCCCAUUUGAUGUCGUGGCUUCACAUGCACGAAAGUUGCCACGAUUCCAUCUCCUUUUAUCUACUCACCAGCCACAAAAUUGUCCUUUGCCCUAACCCCAGUUUUCAAUCCAAUUUCAUUUUUCUGGUAAUUUUUUUUUUCAAUUCCCAUUUCUUGUAGAAUUCAUUUUAGCGGUUUCUGGAAUUCUAGCGGCUCCAGAUUUUGGUGUAUUGCAUCAUCGUAUACUACUCGUUUUUAUUUAUCCUCUUUGUUCUGUUUGGUUUCCGAGAAAGUGUGGCAAGAACGGAAGAUGAAUUAAAAUUUUCAAUCGUAGAUUUUUAUUCUCUGUUUAUGGUCCAGGAAGAGAUUAUAAAAUUGAUGGAUUCUUAUUGCUCUGUUUCUGCGCUCGUAUAAGGAUUUUUCAUUCUGCUCUUCUAUCGUGGUGAAUCAUGGAUCGCCUCAACAAUCCUGCUCGUCUCAUGAUAGUUUCAGAUCUUGAUCAUACAAUGGUUGAUCAUCACGAUUCCGAGAAUCUUUCUUUGCUUAGGUUUAAUGCCUUAUGGGAAGCCAACUAUCGACAUGAUUCUCUGCUAGUUUUCUCAACUGGAAGGUCACCUACCCUUUACAAACAGUUGAGGAAAGAGAAACCCAUGUUAACCCCGGAUAUAACAAUAAUGUCUGUGGGAACUGAGAUAACAUAUGGAAACUCAAUGGUCCCGGAUAAUGGUUGGGUUCAAUUUCUAAAUCAGAAAUGGGAUAAGAACAUAGUCAUGGAGGAAACAAGAAAGUUUCCAGAACUAAAACUUCAGUCAGAAACAGAGCAACGACCCCACAAGGUUAGCUUUUAUGUUGAUAAAGAUAAGGCUCGGGAUGUGAUGAGGGCUCUUUCAGAACUAUUGGAAAAACGUGGGUUGGAUGUCAAAAUAAUUUACAGUGGGGGGAUGGACUUGGAUAUAUUACCCCAAGGUGCUGGAAAAGGACAAGCUCUUGCAUAUUUGCUAAAGAAGUUUAAGGCUGAGGGGAAACUGCCAAAUAACACUCUUGUUUGUGGUGACUCUGGAAAUGAUGCUGAACUUUUCAGCAUUCCUGACGUUUAUGGGGUCAUGGUGAGCAAUGCCCAGGAAGAGUUGUUGCAGUGGCAUGCUGAAAAUGCUAAAAAUAACCCUAAGAUAAUCCAUGCAACUGAAAGGUGUGCAUCAGGGAUCAUACAAGCAAUUGGUCAGUUUAGCCUAGGUCCAAAUACAUCUCCAAGAGAUCUGAAAUGCUCCUCAGAAUGUAAGAUGGAAGACACCAAUCCUGGUCAUGAAAUAGUGAAAUUUUACUUGUUCUAUGAGAGAUGGAGGCGUGCAGAAGUUGAGAAUUCUGAUCAGUCUCUAGAAAAGCUGAAAGCAGUUUGUUAUCCAUCUGGUGUUUUUAUUCACCCAUCUGGUGUUGAGCGACCUCUUCAUGAUUGCAUAAGUGCAAUGAAAAACUGCUAUGGUGACAAAAGAAAAAGCUUGCGGGUCUGGGUGGAUCGGGUUUCAUCUGCACAGAUCAGUUCAGACACUUGGCUAGUGAAGUUUGAUAAGUGGGAAUUAUCUGGUGAAGAAUGGCAGUGUUGCAUGACCACGGUUAUAUUAAGGUCCAGGGCGGCAAGUCUUUCGGAUGGUUUCACUUGGAUGCAUGUGCAUCAGACAUGGCUGGAAGGCUCAGGUGCUAAAGAUCAAACAAAUUGGCUUUUCUAGAUUCCAUAGACUCCGAGAUCUAGUACUACACCAUAAAUAUCCUUCUAUUAGAAUAAAUGCAAAAUCUGAUGAUGGUGAUUUAUUUUUGGUAAUCCUUAGUCCUUUUAUCACCAUCUAUGAAAUAAUUAUCAAGUGGAGAUUUAUGAUAAGGGCUCUGGUUAUAUUCCUUCACAUGUUUUCCUGAUCCUAUUUUUCUGCUUAAUAAAGGGAAAGCCAUACCAUUA